UUUCACACAUCCUUUCGAUUUUCAAACUAAAUACCUACUACCAAAAAUUUUCCGUGAAUUUGUGUUUAUGUGCAAAAUCUUUUAUAAACUCUUCCUAACAAUGAAAUGGGAGAGUCGACUUCAGCUAAAAUCGAACCUAUGCAACAAGCUUCUGGUAGAUGCAUGAGUAUUGAGGCAAUGCAGGCACUUUUUGAGCUCAAAGAAAGCAACCAGCUAUGCGAUGCCGUCCUUAUACUCGACGAUGGCUCGGAAAUUCCUGUGCAUAGGGCUAUUUUAUGUUCUUGCAGUGCAUACUUUAGGGCUCUUUUCAUGACACCUUUGCACAACAAAGAAAAGUAUCGUGCCAAAGUACCAGGAGUUGCUUCUCACUUACUCCACACUCUUCUACUCUACGUUUAUCUACGAAAAUUAGAUCUGGACAUAAAUAAUGUCUAUCCCACCCUCAUAGCAGCCGAUUAUCUUAGCAUUUUAGGGGCUCUGGAUUUAUGCUGCAAAUAUUUACAAUCUAUCUUGAAUCCCACAAAUUGCAUCGGCAUUAUGUUUUUAGCCAGAAAUUAUUUUUGUCACGAGUUAGAACAAUGUUGCUGGAGAUAUAUUAUGAAGCACUUUGUUAGGAUUUCAAUCGAGAGUGAUGAAAUAUUGGAUUUAUCACUUCAGCAACUACAGGCAAUUUUAAAUGCUGACGAUUUGAAUGUCAAGACGGAAGAAACUGUUUGGCAUGCAGUAAUAAGGUGGAUAGAUUAUGCAAGGGACGACAGGAAAGCCUAUAUUGUGGAAUUGAUGAAAUGUAUCCGUUUGGGUCUUCUGGAAACACAAUUUUUUUUAGAAAAGGUCAAGGAUCAUCCUUAUGUUACCAGUUGUGAUGCUAGCAGACCUAUGAUUAUUCAAACAUUGACAUUUCUGUAUGAUCUGGAGAUGAUAAGCCAUAGGGAUGGAGAAGUGGUCACUCCAGAAAUCGCCAGACCCAGAGUUCCCCACGAAAUUCUGUUUGCGAUCGGAGGCUGGAGCGGAGGCACUCCGACGAAUUUCAUCGAAACCUACGAUACCAGAGCAGAUAGAUGGAUUAAACUCAGCGAAGUGGACCCUGAAGGCCCCAGAGCGUAUCAUGGCACUGCCGUUGUAGGGUUUCGUAUUUUUGUUGUUGGUGGUUUUAAUGGAUUGGACUACUUCAACUCCUGUAGAUGCUUCGAUGCUGUCACCAAAAUCUGGAGAGAAAUAGCUCCAAUGCAUUCAAGAAGGUGUUAUGUAAGUACUGCUGUGUUAGAUGAUCAAAUUUAUGCGAUGGGUGGGUACGAUGGACAUCAUAGACAAAAUACAGUGGAAAAGUAUGAUUAUGCGUCGAAUCAAUGGACGCUGAUUACUCCGAUGAAUAUGCAGAGGUCAGAUGCCAGCGCUUGUACCUUGAAUGGUAAGAUCUUCAUUACUGGUGGAUUUAAUGGUCAAGAGUGUAUGCAAUCAGCCGAAACCUACGAUCCAGAACUGAAUCAAUGGACUAUGAUUGCGCCAAUGCGAUCCAGAAGAUCUGGGGUGUCCUGUAUCGCGUACCAUGAACAAGUGUAUGUCGUUGGAGGAUUUAAUGGGAUAUCCAGAAUGUGCAGCGGAGAAAAGUACAAUCCCGAAAGCAAUGCCUGGCUGCCAAUACCGGAUAUGUACAAUCCAAGAAGUAAUUUUGCUAUUGAGGUGAUUGACGAUAUGAUUUUUGCGAUUGGUGGUUUUAAUGGUGUAACUACUAUUUAUCAUGUGGAAUGUUACGAAGAAAGAACCAACGAAUGGUAUGAGGCUACGGACAUGAAUAUAUACCGAUCAGCUUUGUCAGCUUGCGUCAUCGAUGGCCUGCCAAAUGUCACAGACUACAUUCACCAGCAUAGAGAUCGUUUGAUGGAGGAAAAACGACAAAAACUAAUCGCUUUGGAAAAUCAACGGAAUCUUGCAGGGACUAACAAUAAUCAACAGGCCCAAGAUAACAAUAAUGAUGUCGUUAAUCUUAAUGUGCAGCAUCUUAAUCUACUUCAACAUCUAAAUAAUGCAAACAUGGCUGCUGCGCUACCACCGCUAGUAUUACCCAAUGUCCUGCCUCAAAACGUUGAGAAUCGCCCAAUCGUUAACGACAAUGACUUGCACGAUAAUGAUGAUGUAAUUAACAAUAUCAAUGAUGUCAAUGAUGUCAAUGAUGUCAAUGAUGUCAAUGAUGUCAAUGAUGUCAAUGAUGUCAAUGAUAAUAACGAGAACAACAUGGACGAUGACAACAAUGACACCGAUGGAAUCCAGUAGGCACAAGGAACAAGCAUCUCGUGGAUGAGAGUAUUGAAUUUGAAAAUAGUGUUGCCUGGUUCGAUAAUGUCCUUGGAGGCUUGGAAAUCAAUAUGUAGGCAGAUAUUUUUAGUUUUAUAAUAAUCCGCUAAUAUUUUUCAUGUCGUAAUAAACAUCACUUUAAUAAUUAUUAUGACUGCUUGACCUCAAAUUAGCUGACAUGGAACAUAAGCGUCAAGAAAAUGUCAGUCACUCAUUUUUUUCUUCUCUAAAUAUGUAUUUAUCUCAAUACAUACCUACCAUUUACUUUUUUUUUAAGUAUGACUGAAACUAACAUCGAUUUAGUAGAUAUUAUUUUAUGUAUAUCUACUAUUGAAAAAUAAUUUGAACUACC